GAGGUCCACAAAGGUCUAGGUCCCAGAUGCUGGUCGUGACUUCAUUUUUCUUCCUCUCUAUCAACCGAGAGGGUUUUCCACUUCGAUUAUUUUUUUGGUGGUGAAUUCGCCAUUAAAACCCUAACUUCAAUUUCAUCAUUGAAAACCCUAGCUGAACAAGCUUUGUAGCUCUGGUAUGCCAGUCUGGUAAUAAAUGGAUCGAGAUCAUACAAAAAACAAGUUUAAUUAUUCAAGCUCUGUGAAAUUUUCGGCCUUUUUUCUGCUAUUAAUUGGAGCAAGUUUUCUGGUUCCCGCAUCUGGGUCAUCAGGACCUGGCAAGGUUACAAGUAAGAGUGGGGGAUCUUCAGUAUUCUCCUUAUUCAACCUCAAAGGAAAGAGUAGAUUCUGGAGUGAUUCAGUUAUUCAUGGAGAUUUCGAUGAUCUGGAAGCUUCAGAAUCUUCUGACUUCGGCAAGAUGUCUGUGCUUAAUUAUACCAAGGCAGGUAGCAUUGCAAGUUAUUUGAAGCUCCAAGAGGUAGAUUCUAUGUAUCUUCCGGUCCCUGUUAAUUUCAUUUUUAUAGGAUUUGAAGGAAAAGGGAACCAUGAGUUCAAGCUCGGUUCUGAAGAACUUGAAAAGUGGUUCACAAAAAUUGAUCAUAUUUUUGAGCAUACACGAGUUCCACAGGUUGGGGAGGCCCUUACUCCAUUCUAUAAGAUCAGCUUGGAUGGGUCACAGCGCCAUCAUCUUCCACUUCUUAGCCAUGUGAAUUACAAUUUCUCUGUUCAUGCAAUACAAAUGGGAGAAAAGGUCACUUCUGUGUUUGAGCAUGCAAUAAGGGUUCUAUCACACAAGGAGAAUGUAUCAGAUAAUAGGCCUGGCGAUGAUACUUUCUGGCAAGUUGAUAUGGAUAGGAUGUCCUUUUUAUUUGCAAGUCUUGUUGAUUAUCUUGAACUUGAGAAUGCCUAUAACAUAUUCAUCUUGAACCCGAAGCACGAGAAUGCCAGAGCAAAGUAUGGUUAUCGGAGGGGUUUGUCUGAGUCGGAUAUUAAUUUGUUAAAGGAGGAUGCGAGCAUUCGAACAAAACUCCUCCGGUCCGAAAAGGUGGCAGAAAAUCUCCUGGAGAACUAUCCGAGCAAACGGCCACUUUAUGCAAAACAUCCUAUGUUGAAGUUUGCCUGGACAACUGCUGAGGAUUUUGACACGUCAGAGUGGUCAAGCAUGUGUUUAGCUGCUUUGAGAGAAGUUGAGACAUUAUACCAAGGAAAAACUGCUGCUGAAGUUGUUUACAGCAAAUCUGCACAGAUUUUGCAUGGAAAGAACGAAGAUAUGAAGCUCCUAUUGGAAAAAGAGCUGAGAUCUGGGGAGCUAGCUGGUUUGUACCCAGAGUGUCUAACUGAUACAUGGAUCGGAAAAGAUCGAUGGGCCUUUAUUGAUCUAAGUGCUGGCCCUUUUUCAUGGGGCCCAACUGUUGGUGGAGAAGGUGUACGUACAGAGUUAAGUUUACCUAAUGUUGGGAAAACCAUUGGUGUGGUAGCAGAAAUAACAGAGGCUGAAGCUGAAAAUAAACUGCAGGAUGCCAUUCAAGAGAAAUUUGCAGUAUUUGGUGAUCAGGAACAGGAUCAUCAUGCUAUUGAUGUCCUUUUAGCAGAGAUUGAUAUAUAUGAGCUUUUUGCUUUCAAGCACUGCAAGGGAAGAAAGGUCAAGCUUGCUCUUUGUGAAGAGCUUGACGAGAGAAUGCGGGAUCUGAAAACUGAAUUGCAGAAUUUGGAUGGUGAGGAAUAUGAUGAAAGCCAUAAGAGAAAGGCUAUUGAUGCUCUAAAACGGAUGGAGAACUGGAAUUUGUUUAGUGACGUACAUGAGCAUUUUCAAAAUUACAAUGUUGCACGUGAUUCUUUCCUUGCACAUCUUGGUGCUACCUUGUGGAGUUCUAUGAGGCACAUCAUUUCACCUUCAACUGCUGAUGGGGCAUACCAUUAUUAUGAGAAGAUAUCUUUCCAGUUGUUCUUCAUCACCCAAGAGAAAGUCAGGAACACCAAGAAUUUACCUGUUGAAUUGAAGGCUGUGAUGGAUGCUUUUUCAUCUUUGUUAGUACCGUCUCAGAAAGUUCAGUUUAGCACGCACAUGUUGGCGCUCUCAGACGAUCCUGCUUUGGCUAUGGCUUUCUCGGUUGCCAGGCGUGCAGCAGCUGUCCCAUUAUUGUUGGUCAAUGGAACAUAUAGGUCAACUGUCAGGGGAUAUCUUGAUUCCUUAAUUCUUCAACAUCAAUUGCAGAGGCUGAGUGAUAGUGGUUCUCUUAAAGGAGCACAUUCUCAUAGCAGGUCUACACUUGAAGUUCCCAUCUUCUGGUUUAUACACAAUGAGCUGCUUUUGGUGGACAAACAUUUCCAGGCAAAAGCUCUUCCGGAUAUGGUUAUUGUUGUUCAAUCGAAUCCAUCUUCUUGGGAGAGCCACCUGCAGUGUAAUGGGCAGUCUCUGUUGUGGGAUUUGAGGCGGCCUAUAAAAGCUGCUAUGGCUGCUACUGCAGAACAUCUUGCCGGUCUACUUCCUCUCCACCUGGUUUACAGUCACACUCAUGAAAGUGCAAUCCAGGACUGGAUAUGGUCGGUGGGGUGCAAUGCUUUCUCUGUCACUUCCCAAGGAUGGCACAUUUCUCGUUUCCACUCUGAUACAAUUGCUCGGAGUUACAUAGUCACUGCUCUUGAUGAGUCUAUUCAGGUUAUGAAUGAUGCUAUACGUCUACUGGUUAUGGAGCGCACAACGGCCCAGACUUUCAAGCUAUUCAAAUCCCAGGAGCGCAACUUGGUGAGCCGAUACAACUCAGUUGUUAGCCUCUGGAGAAGAAUUGCCACAGUCUCUGGUGAAUUGCGUUAUGGGGAUGCCUUAAAUUUGCUUUACAUGCUUGAGGAUGCAUCAAAAGGCUUCAUGGAUGCUGCAAAUGCUACAAUCGCCUCACUGCAUCCGAUCCAUUGCAGACGCCAGCGCAAAGUUCAGGUGGACUUUGAUCUGUCAACACUUUCUGCAUUCUUAGUGGUUUUUGCUGUACUCUGGUUUGUGUUGAGGCCAAGGAAGCCCAAAGCGAAGAUCAAUUGAGUCGCAUCUUGUCGGGUUUUCUGUUGGGACAUGCAAUGUGAUGCGUGGUUUCUUAAUCUAACGGUGAUACCAAAAUUUUGCAGGCAGUCUCUCUCUAUCUAUGCGCGAAGUUUGAGUCUGUACAUUAUUUUGACGUCAAACAUGGUGUAUGCUGAGCUUUAAAGGUUACAAAAUGUUGUGUAAAAGGGGAAAUGGCGGAUUUUAUAGUUCUUACAGCUUACAAUAUCUGGAAAUCAUCAAUGUUUGCAUUUUUCCAAUUACCACUACAAAUGUGAUAAAUCCCUAUACACAUAAAUGUAACAAAACAAAUAUAUGCAUGCGCCCCAUGUACAGGUCUCUUUUUUGUA